AUGGAGCGGUACGCAGGUCGCGUCGCCCUGGUGACGGGCGCCAACUCCGGCAUCGGCGCCGCCACCGCACGGGCGCUGCUCAGGAGGGGGCUCGAGGUCGUCGGCCUUGACAAGAGGAUCGACAGGGACCAGGAUAUUGCUCGAGAACUGAAGGACGCUCCGGGUAGGCUCUAUCCAUUGCAAUGUGACGUCAGCUGCGAGGAGAAUGUUCUACGGGCCUUCAAAUGGAUCAAAGAGAAUUUAGGAGGGGUCGAUGUUCUUAUCAACAGCGCCGGCAUUUGCAGAGAAAACCUUCCAACAACUGGUCAGACAGCCGAGUGGCGGCACACACUGGACGUCAACGUCCUGGGGCUGUCCGUCUGCACGAGGGAGGCCGUCCAGAGCAUGCUGGACAGGGUAGUCGACGACGGCUUCGUCAUCCACAUAUGCAGUAUAGCUGGCCACAUCAUGCCAUUCGAUCCAUUGUGCUCGAUGUACCACGCCAGCAAACAUGCUGUCAGGGCUCUGCUUGAAGGACUGAGGAAGGACCUGGUUGCCAGGAACAGCAAGAUACGAUGUGGGAUGGCAAGCUAUGACGAAGUGCAGUUCUAUGCUGUGCCAUCUGGUGGUAGUUUCAGAAGAUACAUAGUCACAAGCCACGGCAAAAUGGCAGGUCGGUCAGUAACGUCUGAAGCGUCUUCGGGUCUUCAACGCAUAUUUGACACAGACAGUAGUGGAAGUGGAGAGCUUUACCCUUUGGAUCCUGACAGUGAUGAAUCUUGUCAUCCAUCGACCAGCAGUUCCAGCUUAGAUGAUGUUUCGCUUGAAAUAAGUAGAAUAAAUGAAGAAUCACCCGAAAAACCAAAGCCUUCACGGAAAAGAAAACGAAAUAUUGAUCAGUGGAAGAAAAAUAAAGCAAAACGUCGACGAAAUGCUGGUUAG